AUCCGCUGAAAAUAUUUCUUCAACAAAGCAGUUUCUUGGCAGAGCUUGCUCGUUCUAUAUCUAAUCCUAGCACAACAAAAUAUGGGAAAAGACAAUAAUAGAACACCGAUUAAGAGAGUAUGCUAAAUCUCUGAGUUUACUGCUGUAGUAUGUCUAAAUAGUUCGUAGUUCCAGGUAAACGUUGCUAAUGCUAACACGUAGAGCAAAACAAAAGGUCGAGAGAAAAAGCUGUUUGAGGACAGGCCAUCGGGUUUCUCAGUAUUUUAUAAUUUGUAGACUUUAUUAAUACAAGAAACCUAAUUAAGCCCGCAACAUAAGCACCAGCCAUGGAUUCACAAGCACCUGCUCAGCUCAUCGUUUGUGAAGUGUGUGGCUCAUUCUUUGACUCCCGACGGGGGCUCGCCAACCAUGCCAGGGGGCACCUUCGCCAGCUCGGUGUAUCUGAACCUGGUGCUGCUCCCAUAGACCUUCUAAACCGGCUUAUAGCAGAAAGAGAUGGGGAAUUUCCAAGUUUCAAAACACACUCAAGUUUUUCUGAGUUCAGCCCAAACCACCAAACAUCACAUCAGGGGGCCAGUCCAGUAUGUGCGGAUGAGGGCACCAUGUACAACGCAGGGCAUAGAGUCUCAACAACCCCCCAAAGCACUUCUCUUCUGCCAUUAUCAUCACCUGCACUUAAGAUGCUUGAAUCUAGAUUAAGUGACUUUGGAAACUCUUCUACCUUAGAAACCUUAACCAAGCCACUAUGGGCUCCACUGGCAACAGAUGCUCCCAUCACUUUAGACACUAAUGAGGAACUCCACGUGUGCCAUCUUUGUGGUUGCUGGUGUGAAACUCGCAAAGGUCUCUCAAGUCACGCCCGAUCCCACCUUCGCCAGUUAGGGAUCCCAGACGGAGAUGGCAACCCUAUUGAGACCCUGUAUCAGCUGAUGGAGGAGGAAGAUCUCAAACCGGUCAACUGUGAAGCACCAUCAGCUCUCCAGCCCAGCCCUUUGGCAAAAGGCACCAAACGGCCUGCUGACGUCUCCUCACCAACGAUGUCCACGCCAAACAAACAGCCAAAAAAAGGAAAAUUUUAUUGCGUCUUAUGUGGAGAGACAUUUGAAAACCACAAAGGCCUGGCCAUUCACUCACGUUAUCAUUUGCGCCACUUUGGGGUGGAUGACUUACUUGGGAAGGAGUCCUCAAUCGAAGCAAUCCAGGAGUUGAUUGAGAGUGGCGUGUUGAAACCUCUCCCUAAAACUAACUCCCCAGUACCAACUUCUCCAGUUCAGGCUCUCUCCCCAAUCUCAUCCAAAUCUCCCCCAAUGGCAAAAGGUGCUCCAAAGGCUAAAAAAGGAUUUCGAUUUGCAGUGGAGCCAUUUUUUAGAAAACCAAAGCCAGAAAACACAGAAAGAAGUAUCUCAGAUGUACAGAUGGUUGGCAGAAACUCUCCUCUACCUGCUCCAAAACUCUUUAUUGCUGAUACAGAAAAACCACCAACAGUCCCUUGCGAUUAUUGCAGCCAACUGUUUGACACUCGUAAAGCCCUUUCUUGCCAUGUUCGCUGUCAUUUGAGAGAGCUGGGAGUCGCGUUGCCUCUUAACACAUCUCCAAUUGAGCUCCUCAAAGAAAUCAUGACCCAACAGGAUGACGAGGGCAAAAGAACAGCCAGUAGUGCUUUGGGGUCUGCGAAAGUUUCAGGAAAGCCCCAACUUCCUAAAAGAUCCCUGGAUAGUCUGGUUUUAGGGGAGCAGUCUUCUAAAUCUAAUUCCCCUUUAGACUUUUCCAUGAAGGAGAAAGUGCCAUGUGGCAAAAUGGCAGCACCAAGGAAUGACUGUGCUUGUGAGCUGUGCGGGUUUGAGUUUGACAACCGCAAAGCGUUGGCGAGUCAUGCCCGAGCGCACCUCCGGCAGCUGGGCAUCGAGUGGAAACCUGACGGAUCGAGUUCACCCAUCGAGCUCCUCAGUGACAUCAUCAGGAAAGACCCAGCCAAAGUGGCUGAGGUGACACAACGCUAUAGAAUGGGAGAUCUGUACAUCAGAAAGACCCAGAGAUCAUCGUCGCCUUCUUUAUCAACAGACUCGGACUCUGUUCAGGGCGGCCUGAAGGAGAAGAACAUCUCUAUACCCAGCUCCUUUAGGCAGACGUAUAGCCAUUCACCAACUGUGGAUCCUAAUGUACACUCUACUAAAGUAAUGGCCCAUGCACCAAAACAACAUCCCUCUAUAGUGGAGGAGAUCCAGGACUCCAGCUCUCAGCCCACAGCACGUCCAGGUAGCAUCCCUGCAAUGCUCCCCAAACCUCCACUUACCCCCCUGGUCAAGGUGGUGGGCAAAGUCUACUCCCUCAAGUGCAGGUUCUGUGAUGAGGUGUUCCACGGCCCUCUCUCGGUUCAGGAGAAGUGGAUCACACAUUUGCAGAAGCACAUCCGGACUCUGGGAUACAAAGGCAAAGCAUCUCCUCCAUCUGCGCCAGUGAAGGCCACUACUCUGGUCCGGGCAGUCGCUGUUUAAACACCUGUGUGAAAAAGCCACACAAAAAACUUGUGUACUGAGAGAAGUUCAAUUUGUGUCCUCCAGAGGGCAGACAUGAGCCACAAAAAUGAUAAUUGUGAUCACUGUGGUAUCUUGUGUGUUAAACGUGUAAUUUGCCUAUGUUUCUGAAUUAAUUUUACGAACUACUGAAAAGACCAGCCUAUGUUUCAUUCUCUGUUCAUCUAUUGUCUUAGCUUUAGGGAUUUCCUAAAUAAAAAUCACCAGAUGGUUUUAUACUGCGUGAGCUACAAUUAAUUCAUAAUGUUCGUAGUUGUUUUUUCUUGCUUUGUCAGUUAUUGGCACUUCAACCAGCAUCAAGGUGAACCUUAAAAUAUAUUAACUUCACUGUGUCACUGCAUUUGCCUUUACAUACGAAAUUAGCACUUGUAAUUGCUAUUUUCUUGAUGCAUAAUAAAAAAUGUUUACUAUGCCCAAA